CUUUCUGUGAAAAUGUCGGUUCUGAUAUCACAGAGUGUAAUAAAUUAUGUAGAAGAAGAAAACAUUCCUGCUCUGAAAGCUCUUCUUGAAAAAUGCAAAGAUGUAGAUGAGAGAAAUGAGUGUGGCCAGACUCCAUUGAUGAUAGCUGCUGAACAAGGCAAUCUGGAAAUAGUGAAAGAAUUAAUUAAGAAUGGAGCUAACUGCAAUCUGGAAGAUUUGGAUAAUUGGACAGCACUUAUAUCUGCAUCAAAAGAAGGGCACGUACACAUCGUGGAAGAGCUACUUAAAUAUGGGGUUAACUUGGAGCACCGUGAUAUGCAGUACAGUGUUUACCCAAUCAUUUGGGCAGCAGGGAGAGGCCAUGCAGAUAUAGUGCAUCUCUUACUGCAAAAUGGCGCUAAAGUCAACUGCUCUGACAAGUAUGGAACAACCCCUUUGGUUUGGGCAGCAAGAAAGGGUCAUUUGGAAUGCGUGAAACAUUUAUUGGCCAUGGGAGCUGAUGUUGAUCAAGAAGGAGCUAAUUCAAUGACUGCACUUAUUGUAGCAGUAAAAGGAGGCUACACACAGUCAGUAAAAGAAAUUUUAAAGAGGAAUCCAAAUGUCAAUUUAACAGAUAAGGAUGGAAAUACAGCUUUGAUGAUUGCAUCAAAGGAGGGACAUACAGAGAUUGUACAGGAUCUGCUGGAUGCUGGAACAUAUGUGAACAUACCUGACAGGAGUGGGGAUACUGUGUUGAUUGGAGCUGUCAGAGGUGGUCAUGUUGAAAUUGUUCGAGCACUUCUCCAAAAAUAUGCUGAUAUAGACAUUCGAGGACAGGACAAUAAAACUGCUUUGUAUUGGGCUGUUGAGAAAGGAAAUGCAACAAUGGUGAGAGAUAUCUUACAAUGCAAUCCUGAUACUGAAAUAUGCACAAAGGAUGGUGAAACACCACUUAUCAAGGCUACCAAGAUGAGAAAUAUUGAAGUAGUGGAGCUGCUGCUAGAUAAAGGAGCCAAAGUGAAAGGAGACACUCCUUUGCAUAUUGCUAUUCGUGGAAGGAGUCGGAAACUGGCAGAACUUCUUUUAAGAAAUCCCAAAGAUGGGCGGUUACUUUAUAGGCCCAACAAAGCAGGCGAGACUCCUUACAAUAUUGACUGUAGCCAUCAGAAAAGUAUUUUAACUCAAAUAUUUGGAGCCAGACACUUGUCUCCUACCGAAACAGACGGUGACAUGCUUGGUUAUGAUUUAUACAGCAGCGCCCUGGCAGAUAUUCUCAGUGAGCCUACCAUGCAGCCUCCCAUUUGUGUGGGGUUGUAUGCACAGUGGGGAAGCGGGAAAUCUUUCCUACUCAAGAAACUGGAAGAUGAAAUGAAGACUUUCGCAGGACAACAGAUUGAACCUCUUUUUCAGUUUUCAUGGCUCAUAGUAUUUCUGUUUUUGUUUACAGAUUACAAUAGGCUGUCCAGCGUAGGUGGAGAGACUUCACUGGCUGAAAUGAUUGCGACCCUCUCUGAUGCGUGUGAAAGAGAGUUUGGCUUUUUGGCAACCAGACUUUUUCGAGUAUUCAAGACUGAAGAUACUCAGGGUAAAAAGAAAUGGAAAAAAACAUGUUGCCUCCCAUCUUUUGUCAUCUUCCUUUUUAUCAUUGGCUGCGUUAUUGCUGGAAUUACUCUUCUGACUAUAUUCAGAGUUGACCCAAAACAUCUGACAGUGAAUGCUGUCCUCAUAUCAAUCGCAUCUGUAGUGGGGUUGGCAUUUGUGUUGAACUGUCGUACGUGGUGGCAAGUGCUGGACUCUCUCCUGAAUUCUCAAAGAAAACGCCUCCAUAAUGCUGCCUCCAGACUACACAAAUUGAAAAGUGAAGGAUUCAUGAAAGUUCUUAAGUGGGAAGUGGAAUUGAUGGCCAGAAUGGCAAAAACCAUUGACAGCUUCACUCAGAAUCAGACCAGGCUGGUGGUUAUCAUUGAUGGAUUAGAUGCCUGUGAGCAGGACAAAGUCCUUCAGAUGCUGGACACUGUCCGAGUUCUAUUUUCGAAAGGCCCAUUCAUUGCCAUUUUUGCAAGUGAUCCACAUAUUAUCAUAAAGGCAAUUAACCAGAACCUCAAUAGUGUGCUUCGUGAUUCAAAUAUAAACGGACAUGACUAUAUGCGCAAUAUAGUUCAUUUGCCUGUUUUCCUUAAUAGUCGUGGACUAAGCAAUGCAAGAAAAUUUCUUGUGACUUCAACAACAAAUGGGGACAUUCCAUGCUCGGAUACUGCAGGGAUACAAGAAGAUGCUGACAGAAGAGUUUCACAAAACAGCCUUGGGGAGAUGACAAAACUUGGUAGUAAGACAGCCCUCAAUAGACGGGAUACUUACCGCAGAAGGCAGAUGCAGCGGACGAUCACUCGGCAGAUGUCCUUUGAUCUUACGAAACUGCUGGUUACUGAGGACUGGUUCAGUGACAUCAGUCCUCAGACCAUGAGAAGAUUACUUAAUAUUGUUUCUGUGACAGGGCGGUUACUGAGAGCCAAUCAGAUUAGUUUCAACUGGGAUAGGCUUGCUAGCUGGAUCAACCUUACCGAGCAGUGGCCGUACCGGACUUCAUGGCUCAUAUUAUAUUUGGAAGAGACUGAAGGUGUUCCAGAUCUAAUGACAUUAAAAACCAUCUAUGAAAGAAUAUCAAAGAAUAUUCCAACAACUAAAGAUGUUGAGCCACUGCUUGAAAUCGAUGGAGAUAUAAGAAAUUUUGAAGUAUUUUUGUCUUCAAGGACCCCAGUUCUUGUGGCUCGAGAUGUAAAAAUCUUUUUGCCAUGCACUGUAAACCUAGAUCCCAAAUUACGGGAAAUUAUUGCAGAUGUUCGUGCUGCGAGAGAGCAGAUUGGCAUAGGAGGACUUGCGUACCCCCCGCUCCCUCUGCAUGAAGCUCCUCCCAGGGCGCCAUCAGGGUACAGCCAGCCCCCAUCCGUGUGUUCUUCCUCCACGUCCUUCAACGGGCCCUUCACAGGUGGGGUGGUGUCGCCACAGCCUCACAGCAGCUACUACAGCGGCAUGACGGGCCCUCAGCAUCCCUUCUACAACAGGCCAUUCUUUGCCCCAUACCUUUACACGCCAAGGUAUUGCCCUGGCGGUUCCCACCAUCUCAUCUCACGUCCAUCAGUAAAAACGAAUUUGCCCAGAGAUCAGAGCAAUGGCCUAGGAUCAGGCCCGGCCCCAGGACCAGUGAUACUGCUGAAUUCACUCACUGUGGACGCAGUAUGUGAGAAACUGAAACAGAUAGAAGGGCUGGACCAGAGCAUGCUGCCGCAGUAUUGUGCAACAAUCAAAAAGGCGAACAUAAAUGGCCGUGUGUUAGCUCAGUGUAACAUUGAUGAACUGAAGAAAGAGAUGAAUAUGAAUUUUGGAGACUGGCACCUUUUCAGAAGCACAAUACUAGAAAUGAGAAACGCAGAAAACCAGGUGGUUCCUGAAGACCCGCGUUUCCUCAAUGAGAACAGCAGCGGCCCCGCUCCUCACGGGGAACCCGCUCGCCGCUCUGCACACAACGAGUUGCCUCACACUGAGCUCUCCAGCCAAACACCCUACACACUGAACUUCAGCUUUGAAGAGUUGAAUACACUUGGCCUAGAUGAAGGUGCCCCACGUCACAGUAACCUAAGUUGGCAGUCACAAACUCGCAGAACCCCAAGUCUUUCGAGUCUCAAUUCCCAGGAUUCCAGUAUUGAAAUUUCAAAGCUUACUGAUAAGGUGCAGGCCGAGUAUAGAGACGCCUAUAGAGAAUACAUUGCUCAGAUGUCCCAGUUAGAAGGGGGAACAGGGUCUGCAACAAUUAGUGGCAGAUCUUCUCCACACAGCACAUACUGUAUGGGUCAGAGUUCAUCGGGGGGCUCUAUUCAUUCUAAUCUAGAGCAAGAGAAAGGGAAGGAGAGUGAGCCCAAACAAGAUGAUGGCAGGAAGUCCUUUUUAAUGAAGAGGGGAGAUGUUAUAGAUUAUUCAUCCUCGGGGGUGUCCACUAAUGAUGCCUCACCCUUGGAUCCUAUCACUGAAGAGGAUGAAAGAUCUGAUCAGUCAGGCAGUAAGCUUCUCCCAGGCAAGAAGUCCUCCGAAAGGUCAAGUCUCUUCCAGACGGAUUUGAAGCUUAAGGGAGGUGGGCUGCGCUAUCAGAAACUGCCAAGUGACGAAGACGAAUCCGGUACGGAAGAGUCAGAUAACACGCCACUGCUCAAGGAUGAUAAAGACAAAAAAGCCGAAGGGAAAGUCGAGAGAGCGUCAAAGUCUCCGGAACACAGUGCCGAGCCAAUUAGAACCUUCAUUAAAGCAAAAGAGUAUUUAUCGGAUGCCCUGCUGGACAAAAAGGAUUCCUCAGAUUCAGGGGUGAGAUCCAACGAAAGUUCUCCCAAUCACUCUCUUCACAAUGAAGCGGCGGAUGAGUCCCAGCUGGAAAAGGCCAAUCUCAUAGAGCUGGAAGACGACAGCCACAGUGGCAAGCGCGGAAUCCCACAUAGCCUGAGUGGCCUGCAGGAUCCGAUCAUAGCUCGGAUGUCCAUCUGUUCAGAGGACAAGAAAAGCCCCUCCGAAUGCAGCUUGAUAGCCAGCAGCCCCGAAGAAAGCUGGCCUGCGUGCCACAAAGCCUACAACCUGAACCGCACACCCAGCACUGUGACUCUGAACAACAACAGUGCCCCAGCUAACAGAGCCAAUCAGAAUUCCGAUGACAUGGAGGGAACCAGGGAGACUUCUCAAGUCAUUCUGAGGCCCAGUUCCAGUCCCAACCCAACUGCUGUUCAGAAUGAAAAUCUAAAAAGCAUGACACACAAGCGAAGCCAGCGUCCGAGUUACACGAGGCUCUCCAAAGAUUCUUCCGAGCUCCAUGCAGUAGCCCCUUCUGAGAGCACAGGCUUUGGAGAAGAAAGAGAAAGCAUUCUUUAAGAGAAACACACAAAGGCAGAGUAGUAUUACCAUACCCUAUGACAAAGUUGUCCCGAAUUUAGAAUCCAUCUGUGCACAUCACCUGUGUACAUUUCAUUUACAGAUAAUUAACGGAUGGGAAGUCCCUUGGUCAGUGACACAUACACUGUGCAACAGAGGAAGCAUAAGAAAUGAUGGUACACCGGUCAUCCUCUAGUCUUUGCAAUUAGAAGCUUAAAAACUCACUAAUAUUAUUAUACUUUUCAUUGGCACAUAACCCCGUAAAACUUUUUGAGACAAGGCAGGUGUGAGCUGAGUGUAAAGAUAGGUCAGAAACAUUCUGUUAAAUUUAGAGGGCUUAAUUUGGCAAAGAAAAUAAAAAUAUAGGGACUCCUUUUGUAGAAUAUUCAGUCAUCAAAUAUUUGAGGGAUGAUCUGGUAUUAGAUGAAGCAGAAACAAAUUUUGCUCUUAGGGGUUUAAUCUAGAUAAGAUUUUAUAGGUUACAGUAGGUGGGGGCAGGGGCCAACAACCUCCUUAUUACCUGGAUACUCUACUCCUCAAAUACCAGACCUGGCUUCCAGCACCAUCCAUCUGUGCCCAAGAAACCACCCUGGUGUGUUCUGCAACUCUUUUAAAUCAUGCGUCCAACUUUUUCUUAGUGAGCUUAGCAAUGAGAGGGGGGGAAAAAAAACGAAUUUUCUUUUUGGAAAAUCAGGGAGACAUUGGUAAUAAUAGGCACUAAUAAAUAUUUAUGGAAUGAGUGAAUGAGGAAAUAAUUACAUCAAAAAGGUCGGUGACAACUGACAGAUGACAAGGAAAUGUUUAAUUAGGUAAAACUAAAUCAUCGCUUUCCAUUAUUAGGGCAGAGUUUGUCUACUUCAUCUGUUCCGAAAUCAGCAUAUUAAUUCUAGAGGAGAAGCAUAAGAAAGGGAAAACAUUUUUUAAAAAAGUUUAAA